UAAUCACAUGCAGUUUGGGGCAAGUCAUAGUCAAGUCAGCACACUGACACACUGACAGCUGUUGUUGCCUGUUGAACUUGAGUUUAUAUGAGUUUAUAUGACGAAUAAGUACACUCAAAUAGCAUUUAUUAUUUCAUCAUACACAUUUCUAAUUGAAUGAAAGAAAAAAAAAAUAACCGUUUAAUUCAGAUCUGCACAUCUCUCUCUUCUUUCUUACCCAGAGGCCAGAAGCUAAGAGUGAUGUGGACGUGAUGUACAGCUCUGUGGUUACCGUAGAACAACAAACUGUGCAAAGGUUAUAUAUUUAUAUAUAAACAUCAUCCAAUCAACUGCAACUGUUGGAGGGGGAGGAGAAAUGUGUUGCAGUUGUAUAUUUACUAAAAUGAGGAAAUAGAAAGUCAGUCUGUCAGUGCCUUGGUUCAUGUAGUUUUAUCUGACUCUGCUCACUCACCAACAUGACUGUUCAUCUCAGCUUUCUUCUCAUCAUCACUGGACUCACAGGAAUUCACACCAUAAUAACAGUCAGUAAAGUGUCAGUGAAGGCUGGAGAUUCAAUCUCCAUCCCAUGUCUCUAUGGCUCACAGUACAUGAACCAUGUGAAAUACUUGUGUAAAGGAUAUUAUUGGGAUUACUGCUCUAUUGCAGUUAAAACAAACCAACCAAGGAGUUCAGGAAAGUUUUCAAUCUCAGAUGACAAAGAGCAAAGAAUCUUCACUGUGACUAUAAAAGAUCUGACGGAUGAGGACAUUGAUUACUGGUGUAAUGUGGAGAUUACUAAUGGGCCAGAUGUCGGAGAGUAUUUUCACCUGUCAGUCAACAGAGAUACGCCCAGUCUCUAUGUGGAUCAUCAGGAGAUUACAGGAUUUAAAGGAGGUAAUAUAACCAUCAAUUGCCACGGUAACUCAGGAGAAAUUGCGUGGUGUAGGCCGGGCGUCUACUGUGUGACAACGUCGUCUGGAUCAAUAGAUGGAACAAGAGUAACCAUCAAUGCAAAUGUCCCCAAUGUUUUCACUGUGACUAUGAGUGGACUGAGGACAGAGAGCAGCGGCUGGUAUUGGUGUCUUAAAGGAGACUUACAGAUGCCAGUACAUGUAACUGUUACUGAGCAACCUACCACUAACAAACCAUCUACCACAGUUCAGGGUGAACAGCACAGCCGCAGUGUUCCAGUGGACCUGAUGCACUUCAUCAUCCCUUUGAGUUUGCUGUUCUUUGUUGUAAUGGUGACAUUGUGCAUCUGGUUUAUGUUUAAAAGACACAAGCGGACCAAAGCAGAAUCAUCUGCCACAACAACGGCUCAAGAGGAAGUAACAUACAGUAUUGUUAAGAAAAAGAGAAGAACUUCAGCCCCGGCUGAAGAGGAAGUAACAUACAGCAAUGUUACGCACAUGAGAAAAACUUCAGUUAAGAGAUCAGAAGCUAAGAGUGAUGUGGACGUGAUGUACAGCUCUGUGGAUACUGUCAAACAACAAACUGUGCAACCGGUUGAAGCAAAAGAUGAGGAUGUAACAUAUAGCAGGUUGGCCCAGAACCAGCAAAACCUGUAACCCCAUGUUAACCCUACAUCUUAUCUGCCUGUCUAUCACUGGACUCUUUUCUUAGAUGAUAGUGUUGCAAUGUGUUGCCAUCUGUUCUUUGGUUUUGCAACAACUUCUUACUUAUUUUUAAUGUUGAGGGUUAACACCUCCUCCUCUUUUAUUCUCCUCUGCAUAGCUGCAAAAUGUUUCACACAAGUGCUGAACUGGGCCUGGUUUCCCAAAAGCAUCUUAAAGCUAAGAUGUUUGCAAUAUCUAUCUUACGACCCUGCUUAAGCUGAAGAUGUGUUUCCCAAAAACUUCGACAAAAGCGUUCCAGUCUUAGCAAUGAUCCUAUCGACUCGUAGGAGGUUAAAGAGCAUCUUAAGAAGCUUCAGAACCUGCAGGAGGAACAAAAAUAACAUGUUUCAUUGAAGUUUUUAUUGUUUUUGUUCAUUAUAGUCUGUACUAUAUUGAACAGUGAUGUUGUCUAAGUGAAGUUAAAUGUAAAAUGAAGGAUAAUGUUUAAAAUAAAAAAUAAAAAAAUUAAAUGAA